AUGAAAUUUGUAACUAUUGAAGGAAGCACGUCUUACGAUAAGUUGAAAGCAAUGCCAUCUUUUGUCAGAAGUCAGGAUGUACUCCUAGACUCAUUAUUUAGUUCAGUUAAGACUGAACUGAAUCAAGUGUUAGAGGAUUUGCAGUUUGUUCAUAAAGUAAUUGAGUCCGAUAUAAGAAGUGAAACUGCUCAAAUGUCAAAAUUAGAUGAAAGACUACGAGGCUCUGCUAAGAAAAUUAAUCAUAUUUACAUGAAAAAUCUACGAUUCCGGCAUAAGUAUGGAACUAGUACACAUGGUUCCAAGAGAUUUCAAUUGACAAAGGAUAAUAUAGAAGAGUUAGAUGAAAGAAUUGGAAAUAUUAGCACUGUAAAAGAACAAAUUUUGAACAAAUUUAUAGAUGUUGAUAUGAAGUUAAGAAAGAACCAACGAUUGUUGUUAUCAGAUUCAAUUAAUGAGAGACAUUAUCCAAUAAUUUUUGCUUUGUUGAAGAAGCGACAUCCUACAUUACUAGACCCACAUACCCCAGAGGAAAUAAACCCAAACGAGACUAAUAUUGACUACAUUGAAGGAUUGGGUCACAUUGAUCUUCAGGGUGAUGAACCUGAUUGCCCAGUAGAGGGCAUAGAGGGAGAAUAUAGUGAUAUACAGAACACCGCAAAUGAAAUUAACAACAAUUUCAACAUUAUUACUGAUGAUACUCUCACGGCAAAUGAGAAUGUAAAUAUGUAUAGAGAUAAUGAUGAUAUAGUUAUAUCUCCCAUCAUUCUAAAUGAUGUCGAUAAUGAAAAUAAUGCUAGUUUGAGUAGUACUAUUUCCAGUACAAAUAUUCAAACUUCAACUUUUACAGUUAGAGAUAGAAAUAGAAUCAAGACUUCUCUUUCAAGCCCCUUUGUUCUAGGUUCGUUUAAGAAGCCCAGUUCGGCAAAAACAUUAACAACGAUGGAGAACAUCAGUGCCUCGAACAUUACUAGUGCGCAUCUUUCUAAUCAAAACUGA